AACACCAACAGUAAUGAAGAAUCUACUCCGGCGCAGUAAAGCGACAAAAGUUGGUCUUGCAUUAAUUACUCUGUUAUUUCUGAUCACCGUGUUCCUAAACCUUCAAAAGGGGCCGGCACUUAAACACUUGGAAAGAUUGCUGUGGUCUGACAGGAUAUAUCCAAAUGACAACGGAAUAGAGGAGGGAAAGGACACUUUCAAAUCAGCAGAGAGCGACAAUAUAAAAAGAGUACAGCAUCUUCGAAGGGAAUGUGAACACGUGAGUGGUGACGUAGGAGACUUGGACCAUUUACAAUAUUUGAUCGUUGACGAAAAAUACAAAAUGGUUUUCUGCUAUAUUCCUAAAAUUUCCUGUUCACAAUGGAAAACUAUUUUCAUAACACUUACAGGAAAGGUGAAUGCAAGUUUAUUGAAUUUUGGGAAUGUUCAUGAAAAAUAUCAAUCAAAAAUGAAAUUUCUAAAAGGAUAUUCUGCUGAAAAUCAAAAACGCAUACUUACGGAAUAUAAGAAGUAUAUCAUUGUGAGGAACCCAUUAGAAAGAAUUCUAUCAGCUUACAGAAAUAAAUUGAUGGGUAAAGUUCCUUUCAGAAAAACUGGAAAAGAAAUUAUAAAACGAUAUAGGUCCAAUGCAACUCUGAAAUCUCUUCAGAAUGGAGAUGACGUCACAUUUUUUGAAUUUGUGCAAUACCUUACUGACGAUAAAACGGAACGUUUUGACCACCACUGGGAAAAGUAUACAACACUGUGUCAUCCCUGCAUCGUUAAAUACGACUUUAUUGGAAAAUACGAAACUAUCAGUAGAGAUGCUGACUUUAUCUUAAAGGACAUCGAAGCACCGCCUGAAAUUCGAUUUCCUAAAAGAUCAGAAAGAUACAGCAAUGUGGAAACAAUUAAAACAUUCAACACAUAUUAUUCACGGAUUCCUGCUGAAUGCAUAGCAAAAUUAUGGAACAUUUAUCGAAUGGAUUUUGAAUUAUUUGGGUACUCGAUAUCAGAUAACUUCAAAAUGAUACCAAACGCUUAGUAAUUAUUACAUUACUGACAUUUUCAGCAUAAAUUUGAAGUUUCGAAAUACUCCUUUUGUCCCAUAGAAUAAACAA